AUGGCACACUUAUUGCAGCUAUUACCACAUCCUAAUGGCCAUCAAGUCAUUCAGCAAAAGAAAGAAAAGGAGCAAGGUAAACUUGGGGUAAAUAGCAAUUUUGAGAAUGUCAAAUGUUUAGAUGAUGCUGUCAGUGUCUUCCAUCAAAUGAAAUUGGUUAUCCCAAUUAGGGUAUUCAUCUUGAAUAACCUGAUUAACAGUUAUUGCUUGAUGCAUCGCGCUGAUUGUGAAUUUUUGGUGUUAUCCAUUUAUUUGAAGAAUGGUAUUCCAUUUGAUGUUGUCACUUUUACCACCCUAAUUAGGGAAUUCUUUGUUGAAAAUAAGGUCAAAGAUGCAAUUGAGUUGUUUAAAAAGGUAGUGCAGGAGAAUAUUUGUGUGGAGUCAUGUCGAAACUUAGAUGCUGCUAUCGAUCUUUUGAACGAGAUGAGGCGGAAAGGCAUUCCUCCUAACAUAGUCACACAUAAUUCAAUGAUUGAUGGUUUGUGUAAGUUUGGUCAAUGGGAAAAAGUUAUGACUUUGUUCUCUGAGAUGCUGAACCUUAAUAUUUAUCCAGAUGUUUUCACCUUCAGCAUGCUGAUUGACGGACUAUGCAAAGAAGGAAAAGUUGAAGAUGCCAAGGACGUAAUGAGACACAUGAUCGAUAAAGUGUAG